AUGGUUAGUAUUACUUUUAAAGAUUUUAAGAAAGAAAAGAUUCCUUUGGAUCUUGAGGGUUCUGUAACUGUGCUAGAUGCUAAGAAGCAAAUUGCAGUUAAGAAGGAUUGUGAGGAUUCCCAAAUUAAAUUGAUUUACUCCGGUAAAGUUCUUCAAAAUGACAGUACUAUUGGUGAUUGCGGUUUAAAAGAUGGCGAUCAAGUUAUAUUCAUGAUCUCAAAGAAGAAAUCUACAGGAACUAAGGUAACUGAAGCAACUCCUGUGGCAGCUUCCACUGCUGCUGAUGCUUCUGCUACCAGCGUUGCCGCUGUUGCUGAACCUGAACAACAGACAGUUGCUUCAGAGCAAGCCACCGAGUCCAAUGGUAACGAAGAAGCGCCACAACAGGAAGAAGCACCACAACAAGGAGGACAACAAGAACAAGUGCAAGUGCAAUCAGAUGAAGGUUUUGUUGUUGGAUCUCAACGUAAUGAAGCAGUAGAGAGAAUAAUGGAAAUGGGUUACGAAAGGGAUGAAGUUAACAGAGCAAUGAGAGCAGCUUUCAAUAAUCCAGACAGAGCUGUUGAAUAUUUGUUAAUGGGUAUCCCAGAGCAUUUACAACAACAAGAACAACAACAGGAGCAGCAACAAGAACAACAUGUAGAAAGUACAGAAGUAGCGACCACUGAAGAAACUAAUGAUAAUGAAGAUGUGGAUAAUGGAGAAGUUGAUUUAUUUACACAAGCUGCACAAGGUAACGGCGACUCCAGUGCUGCUCCAAGAGGAGCAGCUGGAGCAGCUGGCGGACCUCCAGGCUCUAUUGGUUUGACAAUGGAAGAUUUAUUAGCAUUAAGACAAGUUGUUGCAGGUAAUCCAGAAGCUUUAGCUCCAUUAUUGGAAAACCUAAGUAUAAGAUAUCCUCAACUACGUGAACAAAUUUUAGCAAAUCCAGAAGUUUUCGUUUCUAUGUUAUUAGAGGCAGUUGGUGAUAAUUUACAAGGAGUCAUGGGAGAAGAAUUUGAAGGUCUUGCCGGUGGUGAAUUGGGAGGUAAUGAUGAUGCAAGUGCAGCAGGACAAGAACAACACAUUGUUCAAUUAUCUGAAGAAGAUGAACAAGCGAUUUCACGCUUGUGUGAAUUAGGUUUUGAACGUAAUCUUGUAAUACAAGUUUACUUUGCAUGUGAUAAAAAUGAAGAAAUUGCUGCGAAUAUAUUAUUCAGUGAAUAUGCUGAUUAA